AACUUGCAAGAUACAUGUAACUAUAGUUUUGGUAUAAUGAGAUGUCUACUCAAAUGUGGACUGUUUAAGUUUUACCUUUAUCUAUAGUUACAUGCAGGAAAAGUUAAUUAAACAAUAUGCAUAAAAAGUGUACAAUUCCCAGUCUCUCAUCUGUAUUACUCUAUAGAUAUUGGAUUUGUUGAUUAAUUCAAAUGACAUGGAAUAACACAUGUUCAAUAUAAAACCUGUUUUAUGAGGAUUUACUACUUAAUGUUGACUUACAACAAAAAACCUGUUUUGUCUCCAAUUCUGUGUAAUAAAAGGAACAAACAUAUCAUAUGUUACUUUACUCCAGUAGUUUUAAUAGCUAAUUAGGUUUUCCGAUAUUCAUGAUUUUGUUUUAUGGGAUUUAAAGUGGAAUAUAAUUUAACAGUGGAUAUGGUUUAUUUACGUUGUACAUGAUGUAAAAUUUAUCUGAUCCAUGAAUAAGGAAGAAUCGGCAACUUGGCCACUGGUCACCUCGUCUGACCAAUCAGAAACCAGCUCACAAGAUGACGAUGAAAAACAAGAUUAUAAACUUUUAAAGGGAAAGGGAUCACAUGAAUCCAUAUGUGAAAUUAAUAAAAAUAAGGAAUAUAAGAAAUUACAGAAGUUGAGGAAAACCAAUAGAAAGAAAAAAUCCAGGAAUAAAUGUUGUGUUGGCUGUCUGUGUUGCUUCAAGGGAGAGACAGGUUAUGUAGUGGGAAGUCCUGAAGAUGAAAUUAAGAUUUUAGAGGAUAUGAGUCCUACAUCAAAAGUUCAACACCACAACAAACAGCUACUAACAGAAAUGAGGACACAGAAUUUCGAUGUUAUACGGUUUGCCACUUAUAGAACAGCCUGUAAAAUCAUACUAUUUAUUUUGAUGUUAAUUUCAGGGACACAGAAUUUCGAUGUUAUACGUUUUGCCACUUAUAGAACAGCCUGUAAAAUCAUACUAUUUAUUUUGAUGUUAAUUUCAGGGACACCGAAUUUCGAUGUUAUACGUUUUGCCACUUAUAGAACAGCCUGUAAAAUCAUACUAUUUAUUUUAAUGUUAAUUUCAGGGACACAGAAUUUCGAUGUUAUACGGUUUGCCACUUAUAGAACGGCCUGUAAACUCAGAUUUAUACAGAAGAAGACUAGUCUUUCAGUAGUAGAUAUAUGGAACAUUAUAGAAGCUUUCAGAGAGAAUGGACUAAACACUUUAGAACCCGAUUCAGAACUGAAUUCCUCCCGAGUAGAGUCUGUGUUAAAUAGUAUAUAUGUCCACCUGAACAAACGAUUACCGUUAUCACAACAGGUCGACUCUAAUCAAUGUGUACAGAUGUUAUUAAACUGGCUGGUUGGAGCUUAUGACAGUGUUGGAAGAGGAAAGAUAAAAGUGUUCUCACUGAAGGUUGCUUUGUCACAUAUGUGUGCUGGAAAAUUGGUGGACAAACUGAGAUAUAUUUUCACACAGAUAUCAGAUUCAAGCGGUUGCCUGAUUCGUAGCAGAUUUAUUGAUUACCUAAAAGAUUUGCUUGCCUUACCCACAGCAGUAUUUGAAGGGCCUUCAUUCGGAUACAACGACACUGCCUGUAGAAGUUGUUUUGACAAUAGAACACAGAUUAAUGUGAAUGAUUUCCUCAAUGCUUUAAUGGCUGAUCCAGGGCCACAGUGUCUGAUGUGGUUACCGAUUCUCAAUAAAAUGGCUCAUGUUGAAAAUGUCUUUCAUCCUGUACAGUGUGAAGGUUGUCACAGGGAAUCAUUUAUGGGGUUCAGAUACAAAUGUCAAAGGUGCUAUAAUUAUCAACUAUGUCAAGAUUGUUUCUGGAGAGGUCGGACAUCGGGUAACCAUGGCAAUGAUCAUGAAAUGAAGGAAUAUACGACCUAUAAAUCUCCUGCCAAACAGAUUGGUCAUGCAUUGAAGAAAUCUUUGAAAUGUGUGCCAAAAUCUAAUGCACAUGUUCCACAGUUCCCAAAUACACCAGAAAAGAAAUUAGAUCUGUCUUAUAUUAUACCACCUACACCAGUCCCAGUAAGGAAUGGAUACCAUGAAACAUCCAUAGUUACAAGUCACUCACCCGAUGUCUUAUCAAUAGACAGUGGAAACAGUCCUCAAAGUCCAAAUAAGCUUACAGAGAGUUUGAAUUCUAUGUGUAUUGAUGAUGAACAUCGACUGAUAGCACGGUAUGCAGCAAGGUUAGCAGCAGACACAAAAAAUGCUGCAAGAAGUCCAACAGAAAUCAACUUUAGUUUAGACACGAAUAAAGCACAGAGAGAAUUGAUAAUACAGUUAGAAUCUAAAAAUAGAGAAAUAAUGAGAGAAAUACAACGAUUACGUGCUGAGCAGGAAGCCCACGCCAAGAGUACAGCUGACGCACAGUACAAUCCAACAUUAUUAGCUGAAUUACGUCUUCUGCGGCAGAGAAAAGAUGAAUUGGAAUCCCGUAUGCAGACACUGCAGGAAAGUCGCAAAGAAUUGAUGGUCCAAUUAGAAGGCCUAAUGAAACUGCUGAAGACAAAUCCUACCUCUCCACGAUCAACACUGAAUGGCAGUACACGAUCACAUGUCAGCCAAUCACAGUCGUUUGCUGGACCAAUUACAAUCAGAUCACAGUCAAUGUCAGAUUCUACUGGGAACGUGCCAACAUCUCCUGGAAUGGAAUCUUCCACUUUGUCAGGAGUUGGUGGAGAAGUACAGGAAGCCUUCAGUCAGCCCUCAUCUGCUGAUAAUGUCCGACUGCUGAGGAAUGAUCUCCUGUGUGCUGCAGACUCUGUAACAAGUGCCAUGUCAUCUCUGGUCAAGGAACUUAAUUCUGAACAGAGUUGUAGUGAUGAUGAAGAUGACAAUGGGGAGGCUGAAGCUAAUGUUGAGAUGGCUGAUGCUUAUGUUACAAAGACCCAGGAAGAUAUGGAUAACUGGCAGCAGGAGGUAUUAAAACGUCUCGACCAGGAACAAGAUUUUAUAGCACAGCUCCGAAAACGACGUCAACAUAGUAAUAGUAGCAGUAUUAUACAAAGUGAUAAUGAAAAUGACAGCUCUUUACCCAUGGACAUGACCUCUUCUUAUGUUAAAACAGAUGACAGUAGUGUAGUUACAGACAAUGAUAGUUGUACUAAAAGUGACGGGGAUGAUGAAGAUGAUUCAGAGCUCUAUGAUAAUCACCCAAAAGAGCUACCAAACAGAAUGAAUUCAAGUACAUUUUCUACUGAUGAAGAAAGUUUUCUACAAUCUGAUGCUGAAUCCUAUAUACGUACAGAUGAAGAGGACAAUGACAAUGACUGGGAAGAGUCGAUGAAAAGAUGGGCAAACAGAUGAAACAAUUCAUUGCUUAUUGUCAAAAUCUAAAAAGUGUGCUUGCACCAACCCAAUAUGCUGUAAGAAAUGGUGUUUAAGUACCCCGGUAGUUCUGUACAAGGAUUGAAUAAGAACUUCCCACAGAGUAUUAUCAUUAUAUGACCCCAAUCAAUCAAUCAGUCAUUGAAUAGGUUCCCCAUUCAGAAUAGAUCACCGAUUAUUCUAGAUCUAUGAGUAUGUUGGACAACCUGCUGUGACGCUAUUCUAAAGUACCAAUACCUCGAUAUCUGUGUCAAAUUAUCAUAGCUAUGCUCAUAUAGAAUUCUGGUAGGGGCAAUUUAAAACUUGUCUGUUAAGAAUGCAAUGCAGUCAUGUGAUUACUCUAUAAAUGUUUUAUAGAGUCAUGUGAUUAACACAAAACUCCCAUUAUGUCAUGUGAUAAUUUAACUGCUAAAUUGUAUUUAUAUUGUGAUAAACAUCAAACUAGAGUCAGUUAAAAUAUAGGUAUCAAUAUUGGAAGUCAUGUGAUCAAUGUUAUUACAAUAAUGAAUUCAUGUUAAUUUUUCAGCAACUUCUUAAGUUUUUAAUUUUGUUAGUCGUUUAAGGAUGUUUGCUACUCUUGUUUUUAACUUUUGCCAAACAUUUGAAUCCUCUAGUUUUAUUCAUUGUAGUGUCACUACAAAUUUCGCCUGCUAACCCCUACUUUUCUUUUUAUAAUUUUAUUACAUAUAGUUAAAAAGGUCAUUUUUAUGCCCCACCAAGGGGCAUUAAGUAUUUUGGUCUGUGUGUCCCUUCGUUCGUUCGUCCAUUCGGCCAUCCAUCCGUCCGUCGUCUGUCCGUUAGUCCUUCUGUCCUGCUUCAGGUUAAAGUUUUUGGUCAAGGUAGUUUUUGAUGAAAUUGAAGUCCAAUCAACUUGAAACUUAGUACACUUGUUCCCUAUGAUAUGAUCUUUCUAAUUUUAAUGCCAAAUUAGAGUUUUGACCCCAAUUUCACUGUCCACUGAACAUAGAAAAUGAUAGUGUGAGUGGGGCAUCCGUGUACUAUGGACACAUUCUUGUUGAACAAUCUUAUAAAAUUCUUCUUUUUUCUCAUAGUUUUUGAGAGAUUAAAGGAGCCAAUGUUAAAUGUAUGAAAAGUCUAGAGAGAAUCAUUUCCCGCCAAAUUUUCAAAUGAUUAUAUCCCAAAAAUAAGGUCACGAACCUAUCAUUUUUUUUCUGCUUUUGAAGUACAAUUGUUUAUAAACUAUCAAUUUAUAAUAGUCUUUUAAAAAGCUUGUUAUUUUGAAACAGAGGAUCAAACAUCCUUAAUACUAAAUCCUGUUUAAUAUUAUCCUCACUUGGUUACAGAUAUUUCCUCUAUUAUCCUCACUUGGUUACAGAUAUUCCCUCUAUUAUCCUCACUUGGUUACAGAUAUUCCCUCUAUUAUCCUCACUUGGUUACAGAUAUUCCCUCUAUUAUCCUCACUUGGUUACAGAUAUUCCCUCUAAAUCCUGUUUAAUAUUUAUAUCCUCAUUUGAAUACAGAUAUUCCCUCUAUUAUCCUCACUUGGUUACAGAUAUUCCCUCUAAUCCUGUUUAAUAUUAUCCUCACUUGGUUACAGAUAUUCCCUCUAUUAUCCUCACUUGGUUACAGAUAUUCCCUCUAAAUCCUGUUUAAUAUUUAUAUCCUCAUUUGAAUACAGAUAUUCCCUGUGAUUUCAAUGCGUUCAUACAAUAUUACAAAUUUAUCCUGAUCAAUGUAAAUUUAGUUUUAGAAUGCUAUUAUAUUAUUUGAAAAGAACAAAUAAUAGUUAAAAAUUAUUAGUUAAGAUGUUGUGGCUGAAAUGUAAGAUUGUUUUAUCAUUACAUGUUUUGCAGUUCUCUUUGAUAUUAAUAUCAUAAAUCCUUAUUCUAGAAUUAUAAUUUACAAGUAAAAUAUUUAAAUCAACUAAAGUGUUAAGAAAUAAUUAUUCUUCUGUCAUCUGAAAAUGUACAACAGUGACAAUGUUGUAUAAUACUUUUAUUUUCCCUGUUUAAAGUUAAUUCAACAAGGAGAAAAAAAUGUAAACAAUCUAUAGCUUUUGGUCUAAAUAAAUAUAUAUUCAAUACUUGUAGGCCCCCUCAUUUUGUCAUAUAUGGAAAAGCAAUUUAUAGAACUUUGCAACGCACAAUUUCAUUAAAUAUGUCAUUACAACUCUAUAUUUGACAACAUUUGAAGUGGGUUUGUAUAUUAUAUUGUUAUUCUUGGUUGUGAUUCUACCAAGUCUGCCUUUCAUUUUGUGUAAGUCAUAUUUAUUCUGUGAGCAGAAAAAAACAUUGAAAUGUUUGGUAUGUAUCCAAUCUUUACCAAUUUUGGUAAAUAUUUCUUCCUCCCAAUUGACAAUGUGAAAUUGUAAUUAUUUAAAACCAGUCGAUUUUUUUUUCAUCUCUUCUAUCAUUAACCUGUUUAUUGUUUUAUGUCAAUAUCUCUUCAAAGUGAGGCUUUUUAAUAUAUAUGUACAAGAAUGUACCAAACACAAUGUCAUUCAACUGUAUUUCUGAUUUCUUUAUUACCUUCAGUGACAGAUUCACAUAUUACCGUAUACGAUUGUCUGUUUUUUUGUUCCUCCACACUUUGAGCACUUCUUGCAAUAUCUUUUAAGUGCUUUAGCAAAUCUUAUUGGAUGUUUUUUUUUUAAUUUAAUGUUUGAUUUCAUGAGGUCAGUUCACGUUUCUGAUUUUCAUGAUUUCCAGGUUUGUUGUGCAAUAGUCAUGGAAAUGUUUUGGUUAAAAAUUAAAAAGCUGUGACAAGUCCCUUGAUAAUCCAAGAUUGCUCAAGUAGAUAUAUUCUUAGAAAAUGUUUAGUUCCAUAAAUACAAAUCCCUUUGGAUUUCAACUUCUUUCAGAGCCGUUGAACUAGAGUUAAUAUGGGUCUUAUUUGUGUCGUGAUGGUUAGUUUACUGUACUUUACAAAAUUCUUAUACAAAUUUUUAUUACAUAUAAUCUCACUUUUAGUUUUGAAGGUUUUGUUAAUUUUAUGUUAUGAGUCUGUCAUUAUUAGAUAAUUGGCAUUGUUGAGCAUAUUUCAGAUAUCUCAGUUUUGUUUUCGAGGAAAGCUGUAACAUGAUUUUUUAUGCUCCCAUCGUAGGCAACGAGGACGUUAAGUGUUAUCUUGGCUGUCUUUUUGUCAGUCCUUCCCAUUUUAAUUUCUGCACUCUAACUUAAGUUUGCCUCAUGCAAAUUUUUUAAGAAACUAAUACACAAUGCUAAGAAUCAAAACUCACAGACAGAGUUCGAAUUUGGGCAGUGAGUCACUUACCGUUCUAGUAUUAUGCCCCUUUAUAACUUGGAAAAUUGAAAAUUUUUCUGUUUCCGCACUCUGAAUUAAGUUUUUCUCAUUCAAAUUUUCUGAAACUCAUACACAAAGCUAAGAAACAAAACUCGCAGACAGAGUUCAAAUUUGGGUAUAAUUGAGUCAAUUAUGAUUUUAAAGUGAUUCCCCUUUAUAACUUGGAAAAUUGCAAAUUUUUUCGUUUCUGCACUCUUAACUUAAGUUUGUCUCAUCCAAAUUUUAUGAAACUCAUACAUAAGGCUAAGAACUACAACUCGCAGACAGAGUUCAAAUUGGAAUGUGAGUCAUUUAUCGUUCUAGAGUUAUGCCCUAUUUAACAUGGAAAAUGGCAAAGCUUGAGCGGGGGCAUUCAUAUCCUCAGACACAUUCUUCUUUUAUUUUAAGUAUUUGGUAAUAUAAGGAUACACUCCUUUUCAGUGUGGAAGAGUUUUACAUUUCUAUUAAGAAGAAGGGGCUUUAUAUGCAAAAAUUAAACAAUUUAGCAACGAAUAAAGACAUAUGUAUGAUGUGUUCCGUUAUUACCAGUUAAUAUUAAAUUGGAAAAUGGUGAAAAAAAGGUUUACCCAGGAAAAUUGAUUGAAUCCUUUUAAACCUCAUUAGUAUGGCCUACAUUAUCCUAUUAAAGACAGUUUGUCAGUAUUUGAGUAUGGAAAGUAAGGAUUUUAAGAGGGUGACAGGUUUUAUAUACAAUUUAGUUUCAUUUUUUUUUAUACAAGUUUUUAUUUGGAAGUAAAAUCAGUAAUAAGAAUCAACAAAUUGUACAAUAGACAUCACAAAUAUAUAUAUAUAAAUACAUGCUAUACUCAUAUAUCCCUCAUCAAUUCAAUAUAUUGCCAUUUCUCUAUUUUUGUUUUAUGAAGAUGUUUAAUAUUUUUACAUAUGAUUUUUGUACUUAUUUAGAUCUAGUCGGCUUAGACUUCACCAAUGGCAUUUUUGGUGAUAUAUAUUUUGAAUUUUACACAAUGAUGCUAUAAUUAUUUAUAUUUUGUAAUGCAGUAUGUUUUUGCUUGAAUAUCUUUUUGGGAAAUUAAUCAUUUUCUUUUCAAAUCAGUAUUCACGUGAACGGGUUGCUGCCUUUUUAUCUUUCUGAUUAUAGCAGUCUUUUGUCAUGAUUUUUUUUAUAUAUAAACUCCAAACAUUGGUAAUUAGUUUCUGUACAGUUUUGUUGUUAGAUCUUUCACUGUAUUAUAUUUUUGUUAUGCUUUUAUAUCUAUUUUACAAAUAUCCAAAAAUCAAAAACAAUUUUCUGGUCAUUAAAUCAAUAAAUGCUCAUCAAUAAUUAUAUUUAGCUCUAGUAAUGUUACAACUGUCAAUUUACAUUGAUUGAAACUUUUACACAGGGUUUAAUCCAGUAAGUUACACAGGGUUUAAUCCAGUAAAUUACACAGGGUUUAAUCCAGUAAACUUCUCUAUUAAAGUAAACAAAUGAUUCCUUUGUAUUAUAAGUUUUUAUCUAGUAUAUUGCUACUUGAACUGUAUUACCUCAUAUAUAUCCUGGAUAUUUAAAACAAUGUAAAGCUUUUUUUGAUCAAAUGACCAGUGGGAGCUUUUCUCUCUUUAGGAAUCUCCCAUCUUUGUUUCUGGUCAAUAACCACAAUAAAAAUUUUCAUUUUAACUGCUUUUGUUAAUUGAAACCAAACUUCCAUACAAUAGAAUAGUUACUUUAAGAACUAUAUAUAUAUAAGAUCUGAGAUUGCUACAUGAGAUUGUAUUGGAUGUAGAUUAUUUGACUUCAUCUUAUGGAUGAAUGGUCAUUUGUUGGUCUUCUUGAUUGAUAUUAAAUACCAGUCCCAUCUACCAUCCAAAGUGGCAGCCUGAUAAUUUAGUAAUAUGUUUCUUCAGAACUAUUCUAAUUCACAGUAUCAAUACAACCAUGAGACAACCCAUAUAUGAUCUGACCCCCCCCCCCCCCCCCCCC